AUGGGUAUAACCCCUACUCACUAUACAAUUGUUCGUUCAUCAACAUUUUCAACCACUACUGUGAACAAUGAUGUUCUUUACAACAUUGAAGAUCGUUAUCAUUCAACGUACGAACGUGAAACAUCGUUUGAAUCUUUUCCAAACAAUAUACAAACAUUAAAAACUAAUGAAAUUCUUCAAAGUUUUAUUAAAAAAACUUCAAAAUUAUUUCGUAUUCAGCUUACAAACGAUUUAUUAAUUGUCGGCUACAGUGACUAUAUUUUAAUUUUACGUCGCACCUCUCAAGAUCGUUUUGUUUAUGAAUAUAUCAUUAGUGUAAAAUAUAAUAGUCAAGAUGAAAGAGCAAUUAACAGUUUCAUCGCAUACAACAAUCAACUCUGGAUAUCAAGUGCAAAUAUUCUAUCAAUUUAUAAUAUAUCAGAUAAAACGUACAAGUUAUUAAUGAAAACAGCUAUUGAUGAUGAGAAUGAUACAUGUGAAUCGAUGAUAGUAUCAAAUGGAUUUAUUUGGUGUGGUUCAUCACGUGGUAAAUUAUACGUAUUUCGAAUGGAUAAUUAUGAUUUAUCAAAAUCAUAUGAUGGACAUCAUGAUAAAAUUCGAUCAUUAUGUGUAAUGACUGAUAAAUAUUUGUGUAGUGGAUCUUCAUCAAAUGAUACAUCAAUUGCCAUAUGGAAAACACAACAAGAAACAAAACGAACUUCUCUUGCUACUGUUUCUCUUUCAUCCAAUCCGCUUACUAAUACUAUGACACGACGAAGUUCAACUCUACGAAUAUUACAAAACUUUUUAUAA